ACACCCUAAACCUCAACCUUCUUACAUGUGAGUGUUGCUCAGUGGACUAGGUUCGAAUGAUGUGAGCCUCGUAGUUACUCUGUUGUUGGUCGGCAGUUCAUUGGUUUUUUGUGAACUACAGCUGACAUGAUUGAAGUGAACUUACAGCGUCGGCCCCGCUUCUCGACAAGUAGGAGAAUUUGAUGAAAAUUUCAUUGAUCUGCUCCGCAGUUCACUGGAUCUGCCGCGAUCGUUCUGUCGAUUUUUUAAAAUUCGUGAUAUGAUUGAAUUAGUUUGAUAGUGGGUGUUUUGGGGAUCAGAAGGAACGAUGUCUGCUCAGGCCAAGGGACUCGUGCGCAGUUGCAAACCUCUCCGGGAUCUUGGCAGGCAGUAUUGUAGGCAGAUCAUUCGACCAAACAACGUGGAAGGAAUUGCAUCUGCUAGUUUUCAUCAGUCGCCACUUUUGUUGAGGAGAUUUAGUGACAUGGCUCGUGGAUCGUCAGGUCUGCGGUCUUAUCUAGAUAUCCUUUCCGGCCGCAAUCUAUCUUUCGUCGAAUUUAGGUCGCCAUUUUGUCGCAGCUUUGCCUGUGCAGCAGUACAGGAGCAGUCAGUAGGUAGUGGUUAUCUAGUGCCGGGAGCGAAGAACGCGAAGCAACGGACCAACCCAGAGCCGGACCAGGGAAGAAGAAGAUUGUGGGGCUUUGCUUCUGUGCCUACCUGUCUCGGUACAGUUGUUGCGGGUCAACCUUCAGGGUACAGAGGUGGUCUUCAUCCUGCAAAGUCUGGCUGGUUCACGAGGAGUUCAGAAUACAAUAUCUGUUCAUCUGCUUCCAGAGGACUAGCUACAGUUGCUCAAGGGUCUCUGAAGGAUCAAGAAAUUUCUGUCACGAACUUUGCCCGGGAGAAGAAGGGCAAUGCUGUGCUUGUUGGAGACAUAUUUGAUGUUCCUAUUCGCCGAGACAUUGUGCAUCGCGUCGUAGUCUGGCAGCUCGCCAAACGUCGUCAGGGAACUCACUCCACGAAAACUAUUAGUGAAGUAAGUGGCACAGGGAGGAAGCCUGGGCCACAGAAAGGAAGUGGAAGGGCUCGUCAUGGUACACUUCGCGGUCCUCAGUUUCGAGGAGGAGCAACUAUGCACGGUCCGAAGCCUCGAGAUUAUGAAUUAGGUUUGCAGAAACAAGUUCGACGAAUGGGUCUGAAAGUUGCACUAUCUGCUCGAAUGGCUGAAGGCAAGCUCAAGGUUUUCGAAAAUGUGGAACCUCCUUCAUCACGAACCAAGGACAUGGUGCAGUUUCUUUCUGAGAUGGAGGAAGCCAAAAGGGUGCUGUUUGUUGAUGACUGUGAGAAGAUGAAUGAAACUUUGGUUCGAGCCACGAGUAAUCUCCACUAUGCCAACGUCUUACCCGUCAAGGGAUUGAAUGUUUACAGCAUUCUACAACAUGACACAGUGGUGAUGACUCUAGCUGCCAUACGCUCUUUAGAACAAAGACUUCACACUCCUAUCUCACGGUAAAUGUCAUGAGCUUGCUGUUUCUUUGCGUGACCAGCCGCCGCCGUCAAAAGUACUUCGAAUGUCUAUGUUCAUUUUUAUUGACCCCCAUCCGUUAUGGUCGAGGGAAAUGUCAUUAUAUGUACUCUUGUGGCUUUGGAGACAGCCAGUCCCACGGUAGAUUUUUAAAUCGCUAAAUCAAUAAAAAUCAGGGACUGACCACAUUAGGGGUUACAGUUUUUGUCUUUCAUGCAGAAUGUGUGAAAUUCAUGGCAGAUAUGAAAACUUCAUCGUCAUAUUUAACGAACCGAUUGAAUGGAUGGGGUCAGGAGAUUGUAGCAAUGAUUGCUAGUUGUAAAUGCAUCACAAUUUGUGAAAGUAUGCAUGUCUUAGUCUUUGCCACUGCCAG